CGCAGGGAGGUGUGGCGUUGCCGCUCUCAGCCAAGAUGGUGCUGAGCCGGCUUCCUUUGUGUGCCCGGGGAGGGCGUUCCGGGAGGCGGGCGGUGGGCUCCUGACCCGGCCCGGCGGUGGCAGCAUGACCUUAAGCCUGGUCUCCCUGCUGUCCCAGGACAUCACGGCUCUGUGGCUUCUCCUAAAGACAAGCACAGAUGAAAUCAUGCACCAGGACAUCGUCCCGCUCUGUGCCGCCGACAUCCAGGACCAGCUGAGGAAGCGCUUUGCGUACCUGUCUGGUGGGCGGGGCCAGGACGGGAGCCCGGUCAUCACCUUCCCCGACUACCCGGCCUUCAGCGAGAUCCCGGACAAGGAGUUCCAGAGUGUCAUGACCUACCUCACCAGCAUCCCCAGCUUGCAGGAUGCUGGCGUCGGCUUCAUCCUGGUCAUAGACCGACGGCGGGACAAAUGGACCUCCGUGAAGGCGUCGGUCCUGCGGAUCGCGGCCUCCUUCCCUGCAAACCUGCAGCUCGUCCUCGUGCUUCGCCCAACGGGAUUUUUCCAGAGGACCCUCUCCGACAUCGCUUUUAAAUUCAACAGAGAUGACUUUAAGAUGAAGGUGCCGGUCAUGAUGCUGGGCUCUGUGCCAGAGCUACACGGCCACAUCGACAAGUCACAGCUGACCGAGGACCUCGGGGGGACCCUGGACUACUGCCACACCAGGUGGCUGUGCCACCGCACAGCCAUCGAGAGCUUCGCCGUCAUGGUGAAGCAGACGGCCCAGACGCUGCAGGGCUUCGGGACGGAGCUGGCCGAGACGGAGCUGCCCAACGACGUGCCGUCCACACGCGCGGUGCUCUGCGCCCACACUGAGAAGAAGGACAAAGCCAAGGAGGACAUGCGGCUGGCGCUGGAGGAGGGCCGUGGCGUCCUGGAGAGCAUCGGGGCCCCGCUGGCCCAGGGCCCGGAGCACGGCGUGAACCAGGACCAGCUGGACAACCAGACCACCGUGCAGAGGCUCCUGGCCCAGCUGAGAGAGACGGAGGCCGCCUUCGACGAGUUCUGGGCGAAGCACCAGCAGAAGCUCGAGCAGUGCCUGCAGCUGCGGCAUUUCGAGCAGGGCUUCCGGGAGGUCAAAGCCAGCUUGGACGUGGCGUCCCAGAGGAUCGUGACCUUCAGCGACGUGGGCAACAGCCUGGCGCACGCGGAGCACCUGCUGCGUGACCUCACCAGCUUCGAGGAGAAAUCCGGCGCGGCGGUGGACAGGGCCCGGGCCCUGUGUCUGGAUGGCGAGCGGCUCAUCGAGGGCCAGCACUACGCCGUGGACUCCAUCCUCCCCAAGUGCGAGGAGCUGCAGCACCUGUGUGCCGCGUUCGCCGCCGAGGUCGGGAGGCGGCGGGGGCUGCUCGGCAAGUCCCUGGAGCUGCACGGUCUCCUGGAGACGUCCAUGAGGUGGUGCGACGAGGGCAUCUACCUGCUGGCCUCGCAGCCCGUGGACAAGUGCCAGUCCCAGGACGGGGCGGAGGCCGCCCUCCAGGAGAUCGAGAAGUUUUUGGAGACCGGAGCAGAAAACAAGAUCCAGGAGCCCACCCAGGUUUACAAGGACUACGAGUCCAUCCUCAACCCAGACCUCAUGGAGCACGUGCGGAAGGUCUUCCAGAAGCAGGCCGGCACGGAGGAGAUGUUCCGCCGCCGGCAGGCCAGCCUCAAGAAGCUGGCGGCCAAGCAGACGCGGCCCGUGCAGCCUGUGGCCCCCCGGCCGGAGGCGCUGGCGAAGUCGCCCUGCCCCUCCCCAGGCGUCCGGCGAGGCUCAGAGAACUCCAGCUCCGAGGGCAGCGUGCUCCGCAGGGGGCCUUACCGGAGGGCCAAGAGCGAGAUGAGCGGGAGGCAGGGCCGCAGCAGCUCCGCGGGGGACGAGGAGGAGAGCCUGGCCGUGCUGCGCAGGCACGUGAUGAACGAGCUCCUGGACACGGAGCGUGUCUACGUGGAGGAGCUGCUGUGCGUCCUGGAGGGCUACGCGGCCCAGAUGGACAGCCCCCUGAUGGCACACCUCGUCUUGCCCGACCUCCACAGCAAGAAGGACGUGCUGUUCGGAAACAUGGAAGAAAUCUAUCACUUUCACAACAGAAUAUUCCUGCGGGAGCUGGAGACCUACGCAGACUGCCCGGAGCUGGUGGGAAGGUGCUUUCUGGAGCGGAUGGAGGACUUCCAGAUCUACGAGAAGUACUGCCAGAACAAGCCGCGGUCCGAGAGCCUGUGGCGGCAGUGUUCCGACUGCCCGUUUUUCCAGGAAUGCCAGAGGAAGCUGGACCACAAGCUGAGCCUGGACUCGUACCUGCUGAAGCCCGUCCAGAGGAUCACCAAGUACCAGCUGCUGCUCAAGGAGAUGCUGAAGUACAGCCGCAGCUGCGAGGGGGCCGAGGGGCUGCAGGAGGCGCUGAGCUCCAUCCUGGGCAUCCUCAAGGCCGUCAACGACUCCAUGCACCUCAUUGCCAUCACUGGCUACGACGGGAACCUGGGCGACCUGGGCCGGCUGCUCAUGCAGGGCUCCUUCAGCGUCUGGACCGACCACAAGAGGGGCCACACCAAGGUGAAGGAGCUGGCCAGGUUCAAGCCAAUGCAGCGGCACCUGUUCCUGCACGAGAAGGCCGUGCUCUUCUGCAAGAGGCGCGAGGAGAGCGGCGAGGGCUACGAGAAAGCCCCGUCCUACAGCUACAAGCAGUCCCUGAACAUGACAGCUGUUGGCAUCACGGAGAACGUGAAGGGGGACGCUAAGAAGUUCGAGAUCUGGUACAACUCGAGAGAGGAGGUCUACAUCAUCCAGGCGCCAACUCCCGAAGUCAAAGCGGCCUGGGUGGGCGAGAUCCGGAAGGUGCUGACCGGCCAGCUGCAGGCUUGCAGAGAGGCCAGCCAGCACCGGGCGCUGGAGCAGUCGCAGAGCCUGCCCCUGCCGGCCGCGCCCGGCACCAGUCCCUUGAGAGGGACCAUAAGAAACACCAAGAAGCUGGAAGAGAGGAAAACGGACCCCCUGAGCCUGGAAGGCUACGUCGGCACCGGGCCGCUGCCAAAGUCCCCGGAGAAGGGCAGAGCCUCUCCCACCAGCCCCGACAAGAAAGCCAAGCGGCAUCAAGUAAAGAGUGACCCCACUCCCUUUGGGGUGCGAGGCUGGAGCAAGAGCUCCCACUCGCCCGAGGCCCCUGCGGAUGACGCGGACUGGUCGAGCGCCGAGGAGCCCGUCAACUCGUCCGACGCGGAGGAGGACGUCGGGGCCCCUCCCGAGAAGCUGGUCCCGGGCGGACGCUCGGUCGUGGUGGCCCACGUGGAGGGCGGCCCCGGCGCCCUGGCCCUGAGGAGCGGGGACGUGGUGGAGCUGGUCCGGGAGGGCCACGAGGGCCUGUGGUUCGUGCGGGACCCCGGCACGGGCAAGGAGGGCUGGGCGCCGGCCUGCAGCCUGUCCCCGCACCUGGGCAAGUCCGGCUCGGCCCAGUGCCUGAGCAGCGCAGAGUCCAGCCCCGGCUCGGCUGUGCUGAGUCACUCGUCCAGCUGCAGCGACGGCGGCCCGGCCCCCUUCGCCGAGCUCCAGGGCUAGGCCCGGCGGACGUCGCGGGCACAGGGCAGGAGACCGGAGCGUGGACCCCGUUUUCUUUGGCUGGGGCUGGCGCAGCUUGGCGAGGGGACGGUGCUCUGCGAUACCCUGGAAGGGGGCCCCAGCUGCCCUGCACGAGAGCCACCUGGCCGCGCAGGCCCCGGCGGACCUUCUCCGCGGCGGAGGCCGGGUCCACGGGAAGACCCCCGUCCACGGAAGCUUCCUCGGAAAACCUGGCGCGGACAGCGGCCGCGAGCCGCCGUGCUGCCGGGAGGAGCCUUGUCCCUGGGCCCGAGCUUCCCGCGGAACGUGGGGACCCGGCGCCGCCUGCAGGAGACCUGGACCAGCCCCUGACCGACAGUCUGAGGGGAGAGGGGGCCCUUUUGUCUUUUACGAGUUUUAGGAUUUUUU